GCAAUUGUGUAAUAAUACCAGCAAGGCUCUCGACCCAAUCCGCCUCGGGCCUGAAAAUUCAAACCUCCAACUUCCGUCCCAUCUGCCACCAACGAAUCUGUUGAAUAGAUUGGGCCGCGAGGACCGAUGUCCGGCAUCGAGCUCAUUGGCCUCGCCGCCAGCAUUCUCCAGAUCGCCGACUUGGGAUGGAAGUCAAGCUACAAGCUCUACGCCUUCUCCAAAAGGGUGCACGAUGCCGGCAGGGCCAUUGAACUGGUCUCGCAAGACAUUGCCGCGACGGGGGCCAUCCUGAAGCAGCUGGGCGAGGAAGUGCGGAAGGACGAAGAGACCACCCCGGCCAGCCGACUCGGCACGCACGGACUGGUCGUCGCCGCGUCCAAGCUCGUCGACGAAUGCCAGACUCUGUUCCGGGAGAUCGACCAGGGCAUCACGGGCGAAGAGGGGAGCAAGGUGAUUCUGGGAUUCAAGCAGAAGCUCAAAUGGUCGUAUCUCGGGCCCCGCGUCGACCUCCUGAGGACCAAUCUGGAGCGGCUGAAGAGCUCGCUGGCCCUCAUGCUCAACGUGCUCAUCUACGCCGAACAGCAGCGAAGCCGGCAGGGAGCAGCGGUCCUGAAGGAACAGCAAGAGCUUGUGGCAAGUUUGGCCGAGCAGAAGAGCGACUCCGAGAAACGAAUCGAAGAGUUGCAGAAAAGAAUCGAGGCGCCUGGUCCUAGAGCCCAAACCACAUCAGAUACCGGGACGCCAUCACCUUUUCAUUCGCUUGCAGAGUCGCGUGUUCAAGCCCCGAGAACAGCGAUGGACGCCGCAGGGACAAUGACAAGCUUGGGUGCCACCAUGUCAGCUGUCCAGAUCUCUUCCUUCCCCAGUGCCGACAAGUCUGCGCCACCUGCGCCACCUUGGAGCCCGGCUGUACCUGUGCGUGCGAGAGUCACCAAUGCUGCUGACCAAUCUGUUCGUCAUGAAACUUCGGAGGACGCCCGUCAUCCUCUACACCUCGACCACUACCGUCUCCUGAUCGAGAGUCUCCUCGAAGAGGUCAACUCUAGCAAGUAUGCGCUGGACCACGGUCUGCGAUACCGGCUCCACGACGGUGUCCUGGAACUGCACUGGCGUGAAUGGCAGGCCCUGAGAGCCUCGUACGGCGAUGAGAUGCUGCAAACGAUCUUGUCUCCGAGCCCUGUCCUCGCACGUCACUGGUAUGAGAUGGCGACGAAACCUGCGGCACAAAAUCCUCCCAAAACGGAAUCGCGAGGGAGGAGCUACACGAGGAAUUCGAGACGUGAGAUCAGCAGGCCGAGACGUGAACCUCUGACUUCAGCGACCGUCGCCUCACCCAAUCCUCCGGGGGUUGGUGAAGCGUAUCCCUCACAGCCUGAGUUCGCGGGUUAUCCCACGGAGCAGAACUUCAAUCUCGACUUCAGCUCUCUGGAGAACGAUGAUGUGCUGGAGAACUUUGACUUCGACGCCUUCCUAGACACCUCCAACAGGUAUGCCUACCAUUCUGAUAGCGCCAUGCUAUCAAUGGGCGAUUUGGGUGCGACCGAGCCGAUGCUUGACUCCAAUGCCACAGCGACACCGCUGAAGCGCAAGACGGACGACGUCCAGAAAUAUCCUCGGGAUCGUUGGGGCCCUGAGCGCCGGGAGACCGAUACCAGAGAGGAAAGGUAUGGCCCAGGUAACAAUGCUAGCCGAGUCCGAGGUGAUGGGAUUCGUGGAUACCGAACACUUGAGCCCGAGGCGGAAGACGUGGAGGACAUCACGGCACUCAGAGACGAAACAAAAUUCGGGAAACAGCAAGACGAUCCUUCAACGCGAAAUGCUCGGAGACUAGCAAUGCAAGCUGAAGAGACUGGGCGCAACACCCUCGCUCGACUCGGCGCUCAAGCUGAGCAACUGCACAACACUGACGAAAACCUCCACCGCCAACGCCCUCAGACCGACGCUGCCGUGAACAAGCCAAGAGAGCCCAAGAGGCUGGACAAAAGCAUGUUCGCUGCGUAUGCGAACAACGCUCCCUCGUCAGCCCAGUCCCGCGCGCCGCGUCUUCGCAUAGUCAAGGGCGGCGAAGAUGGAACGGUUCCCGCGGGACAAAACCUCGCCGCUGGACGGGUCCGGUACCAGUUCGAGCUGGACCGUGAGCGCGACGAAACCCAGGCUGAAGAAAUCGACGCCAAUUCGGACGAACUACAAGGAGCCGCCAAACGGCUCAACUCGCUUGCCUUUUCCCGGGCCACGGUCGAAGCACCGCGGCCGCCUGCAAUGCUACGACUAAAGAUCGGACGCCUCGAGGAUGACAUGCCCUUCAGCGACGACCCUGCUGCGGCCAUUGCGGAUCAAUUUCUCAGAGAGUGGACGACGGUCGAGCCCAUGACCAAUAACAACGCUAAAAGAUUGAAGAGGAUCCGUUAAUGGGAGAUGCGCAUUUGUGGUGAGGCCUUGAUAAUAUCAUGUGUGAGAUACGCCCGCUUUUCGGCCAAGUAGGCACCUUCUGAGGCUUUUUUGGGGCGUUGAAAAGACCAAAAGAGGCAAGGAAGUAAUCGAUAUUACAGUCGAAUGUCAGGCCGAACAACGAAAAGAUCGGAAAGCCUUGCCCGAGCUCAUGUGCGACUCACCUCAGGCCGCGCCACGCUUCUGGCCGCGCCUCACGUUUCCCGUCACGACAUUCGUCGCUCAUGGUCAACAUCCCCCCCCAGCAGCUGAAUCGCCAAGAUAAUUAGAUCUCCUUUCGUCCCUUCUUCUGCGCUGUAGUAUUAUACAUACGCCGAGAAGGUCAGUACUCCUGGUUUCUCUUGAGUCUCUUAUGAGUUCCUUUCAGAUCCGCAUCAUUCUCGAACACCAUCUCCAAAGACUGGGUUUCAUUUUCCAGGAUUCGGAUGGGCUCUCGAAAGACGCCGAUCGUCUCGACCCCCGCGCUCGUGUACCUGAGUUGGGCCGGCCGUUUCGAAUUGAGCGCCAAAGCCACCAGUUCCGCGACGGAAUCCCAGCUGUUGGAACUGAGGCCCGAACAGAUCGACCAAACCAGAUGGCCAAGAGCACACGCGCAAUAAAGGCCGAGGACGCAUGCCGCAAUCACGUCGGGGAAGGUGUCGAUGCAAUAACCAGUGCCGAUGCCGAAGAAGUCUAGCCGAACUCGCGUGAAGCCGGCUGUCUGUUCAGAACCACCAAGGCUCAGGGGAGCCGAGGCGUUGUGGACCGACAUUGCAGUGGCGAUCAUGGUACCCAGCAAAGCGGUCAAGUAUGGCAAAGUGUCCACGUACGGAGAUGCACAGUCAUCCGGAGACGGAGAACCGCAUCCGCUGUCGUCAGAGGAUGAGAGCAUGUCGAGCCGAUAAAACAAGUCUUGGGUGGUGACAAUCGAUGUUAGAUCGGGACCGUCGUUGGUGGUCUGAGGUGAUGUCGAUAUGUUUGCCCAUUCGACGCUGAUGGGGACAGUGGGCUCCGACCAACUCUCGCUAUAGGGGUCCCCGCCGGUAUUCGUGAUAGGAUCCCCUUCCCGAACCUCCGAUGGAACGUCGCCAUUGAUGUAAGUCGUUCCGGAGUAAUAGUCGGAUGUCUUGACGUGGGACGACAGCCAGGCCGCCUGAGCACCACACGUUAUGGCCGUGGUGCCACUGUCUUCGGGCCGGCUUGGUGCAUAGACGGCGAUAAUCGAAUAGUUGCUGCGUAAGGAUUCAGGGGUUCGCAGCCACAUCAGGUGUGGAUCUGUUGUCCCAUUAUAUGAAUCCAGAAACGCCC